GUUAACCUAUGCUGACAUUGAUAUUCAACGCAGCACCAAGCCAGCCCCUCCCUCCCAGGGCUCCUAUUAUGCUGACAUAAAACUCUGACUGAAGAAAACAAUGUCCCUUAACUGAACUGCAUGAUGAGAUGUGUGCACUUCACAUAUACCCCUCAUUCGAUGAACAUGCUGUACUAUACGCUUACAUAUAAUAAUAGACUAUUCGUGUGUGUGUAAUACCAAUAUCCUUUUUUUACACUUUUGCUUAGUCAUGCGCAGAAAACUGGUUUACAUACAUACGUUUGGUACCAAAUCCGCAUCAAUCAAACCACCACGAGUCUAACUUGAAACUGCGGUUUAUUGCCACAAUAAUAUUGUUUUGCACGCUUCAUUGCGCUAUUGUUUGUAAUUGAUUUAGCCCCACCCCACAUUUCUGAAAUGUCUGCGGAGUUCAGUUGUGAUGUUUUUACAGAGGAUCUUAUACCAGUGACACUACAGUGGAUCUUUGGAGCAAGAGGGGAGGGAGUGCAGUAUCCUGGGGGAAUGGGGGUCCAUGUGAGACUGUCUCCUGGUGACCUUACUUUCUGUGUCACCUCGGACAACAGCUGCACUGGCAACCUUGCAAGAAACUCCUUUAACAUUACUUACACCCAAACCAAUGACAUUGGUUCGACUGUGGAUCAUCAAACCAUUGACACACGGGUACUGGUUGUGGAGGAGCAGGUUUUGAGAUUUGAUACCAAAACAUUCAAUGUAGUUGUGAGACGGAGUGCUUACUGUCCAGAGAGCCUUUCUCCAGUUCUAGUGACAUUUGGAUCAACUAGAGCAGUGGCUGGAGGACAGUGUGAGGGACAGCAGAAUGCCACUGAAAUGGUCAUCUCUUCUGGAGACUCAGCUUCCUUCCAUGUCAGUGCUGGAGGCAUAUCACUGGGACCUGGGGAGACAAUCUGCUUCAUAGUCAGCCUCAAUGGCGUCCCUGUCAUCUAUGGGACUAGUGGUGUCUCCGCCAUCACAGAUGUAUGUAGCUGCGAAACUAGUGGUCUCUCCGUGGGACUAGCUGCAGGUAUUGCAGUGGUCCUCUCUCUACUGGUGGUCCUGCCAGUGGGUGUGGUCAUCGGCUGCUGUGGAAUGUGGUGUCUGAUGAGGAAGAAGGGAGGCUACAGCCCGUCAGGUGGUGAGGAGGAGAAGGAGAGGGAGUUGGCGGAGGAGAUGUACGAGGAGCCAGUGGCAGCUGGUCCAGGGGAGACCGCCUUCUCUGUCUCUGACAACCAGGCAUACGGCCAAUUCACCUCUAGGCAAGGAGGCAGGUGAAUGUGUUUGCUGACAUGUAGGAAGUUGAAACUCACUCUGAACCUUCAGUUUAACAUUAGUAGCCUAGUAUUAUUAUAGUGGUGUGUGAAAUUCCCUAAUGCAUGCAGGCUUGCUUUGCUUGCUAAUUUUUCAUAGAGAAUAAUAUUGAAUUAGCCGG